AUGAGCGGAUUUAAGCACGCCUUUUCCAUGACCCGGAAGGAGGUCCAGGAUGCGGUACCUCCUGGGACUAUUGUUCUAUCAAUUUAUUCCCAAGAGUCCGCUGGUAGAACACAUCUGAAAAAUAAUGGCGAAGUGGUUCUGUCUCCUCAGCCAUCAGAAGAUCCGCUGGAUCCGUUGAACUGGCCUAGUUGGCGCAAGUUCGCCGUCCUUUUGGUUAUGUCACUGUAUGCCGCCAUUGGAAACUUUACUUCUGGCUCAAUUGCCAGCGCGUUUCCAUUAUAUGCCACUCCGAUGGCUUUCAAUCCACCCGUUUCUAUUGGGAAGCUGGGUCAUCUCGUCGCGGUCAACGUUCUUAUGAUGGGUGCGGCAAAUAUCCUGUGGGUGCCGUUGGCCAAUACGUUUGGCCGCCGGCCCAUCACAUUAUUCAAUAUUCUCCUCCUGAUGUUAUGCUCCGUAUGGGCCGCACGCGCUACAUCAUUUGGAAGUCUUCUUGCUGCCCGCUUUUUCAUGGGGGCUGGCGUCGCUCCAGCCGAUACGAUUGCACCGAAUGUCGUAGGCGAAAUCUAUUUUGCACAUCAGAGAGGAAAAGCGAUGGGAUUUUAUACGGUAUUCAUCUGCAUAGGCCCUGUUCUCGGCGGCAUUGCUGGCGGCUACAUAGCUGGAAAUCUGGGCCUGGCAUGGAUUCACUGGGUCAAUGUUAUCUUGUCCGGCAUUCUGCUCGUCGCUUGUUUCUUCCUAGUUCCGGAGACGCUCUAUGCCCGUGAGACACCAGCUCCAUCCAUAGAUCCUACUUUGGAUGAAGGCGGCAAAGGUGAGGACGGAACAAGUUCGAUCAAAAUUGAAGAUAUCGCCCAAAAUCAUACCACAAGUGGUAGCUAUUCGGAGCUUACUUUCCUUCGCUCACUGAAGUUAUACACCAACCACGGGAACCUUCUCCAGAAUUUCGUUUCGCCGUGGUUAACACUGCGCCUUCCCGGGGUAUGGCUGGUGAUGCUGUGGUAUGCAGGGCUCGUCGGUGGGAUUGUGACAAUAUCGACAGUAGGCCCGACACUUGCUGCACAGCCGCCAUAUCUGUGGGGUAACAAUGCAGGUCUCAUCUUGGUCGGCGGAGUUAUCGGAGCAUUAGUCGGUGCAGUGGUGACGGCGCUCUCCGCAGAUCGAAUUGUUACCACGAAAAAGACAUUGCAGGGAGAAAAAAACAUGGAGCCCGAAGCUCGCUUGCCCAUUGCCCUUCCGGGGCUUGUUCUGGCAACAACGGGGUUAUGGACCUUUGGCUUCUGCGCCCAGAGCUCAAAUUCACACAUGUGGAUUGGGAUGCAGUUUGGGCUAGGAAUGCUUUCUUUUGGUCUCAUGCAGGCGCCGUCUAUUGGGUUUAAUUAUAUUAUCGACUCCUAUGGUAGCGUGUCAGCGGACUGUUUUGUUGUCGUGACGUGCAUGCGAGCGAUUAUCAGCUUUUCUUGGACAUUCUUCGCCAGCGGAUGGGUUGAGAGUGCAGGUCCAGCUAUUCCUUUCGGUGUCUUCGGAGGGUUGAUGGGGCUCUUUACUUUAUUCACAAUCCCGCAGUGGUUAUGGGGGAAGAGAACGAGAAUUGCUACUGCUGAUUGGAUACCAAAAUGA